UAAUUUGUCUGUUCAAAUGGGCUGAGGCAACAUUACCAAAACCCCUCAGAUGAUAUUUGGGGUAAUUUGGAGACAUACAAUAUUAUCUGUACAUGCAAUAUUAUUUAUUACCUACUAUUUUCUUUAUUACCUGGCAGUGAAAAACAGAGAGGGGACAUAAGUUUAAAUAUGUAAAGUAAAAAUAUGCACAUAUAUAUGCAGUCAGAUAGAUGGUUGGAUUUUAAAUCUGAAUGAAAAAGCAUUCAUUAUAGGCUAUUCACUAUAAGAAUUUACAUUUAACUUAAAAUUGUAUUGUUUUUGCUGAAUUUGGUUGUUUUUUGGCCUCACGAUGAUCUCUAUAGGUCACAAUACCUAUGAGAUGUGGUUGAAAGCUCUGGAAAAAGCUAGUAAAUGGACCUUAUCUUGUCAGACUACUUCCUCUUUAUCUAAUAGUAUCACUAUACUUUUGACUCUGUAGCACAGGACUCUGGAUACCAAGCUCCAGGUUAAAUCAUUUAAAAUGGACACAUAUACAUAUAUAACCUGAAGCAGUGAUAAAAUGCUUUGCAGGAUGUUCUUGUGAUGCCUGGUAAACAUUUGAAUGCAUGUACCUUUAACAAAAUCUAAUUUCCCCAGUCUGCCUUAAAGAGCCAGGCAUGUGCUGCUGAGGGCCUCCCCCUGUCCUCUCCACAACAAACUGCCUCUCGCCCGUCUUAAGGUGGACCAACACAGAUGUACUGUGUGCAUAGGCUAUGCCCGCUUCACACUGGAUAGGAAAGCGUUAAUUCCCAUGCUCACUGCAGACUAUCUGUGAUUCUGCAAGGGCUCUCUGGUGGAAGUGGUGGUAGUAGUUAUACAUGUAUAUAAAUGUUUUCUUAAAUAAAAUUGUUUAUACAUCACUGAUAGAUGAAUCUUAUGAUGAAGUGACAACCAUGCCUAACAAUCUCUUUCAUCAUACAGUAUGCAUAACAUCUGCUGUCCACAUGUCAUGUCAUAUUCGGCUUAAGCUCUAGCAUGUGCAUGCUUGUCAAACUAAUAAUAAGCUGGAUGGGAGGCUGCCAAGUAACCAGCCGGUGCAGUAAUAGGAGUAAGACGUCAGCUUGAAGGCUCGAUGGCUGUGGGCAUGCCUGUAAAUCCAAAGUGUUCAACCCUCAACUGUGAUGCUCUUUAUGUACCACAUCAGAAAUCAGAUGUUACACACGCUUGUACUGCUGCUAGAGACGGACACACUGAAAGGGAAGCAGAGCACAAGGAAUCACAGGUCUUAAGAUUUCGAUACAAGUAUCAAAAAAUGGGGCGUUCAUCUUUGCUCUUCAUUGUGCUAACCGUGUAUCUCUCCUCACUUGGAAGCCUUAUUCAAACUACACAUUCACUGGACAACUCUGAUUCAGUCCGAAUGACUCGAAGCACACGCAGAAACAACAACAACGCCCCAUACAGCUCGGCCAGUGGAGUAAUCUUUGAUUCAGAGAGCCGCAGUGACUCUGUGGAGGGCAGUGGACAAAGUGUUGACAGCAUGGCGUCGCAGAAACUCAAUCGGACUGUCAUUCCAAAGGAGCCUGAGCGAGCCGGCAAUGAAAACCGUUCUGGGUCUGGAAUCACAUUAACUACAACACCAGCACUUACUCUACACCACUCAGGGGCUCACGACCAAGGAGCUGACAAAGCUAAUACUUCAAUUACAGGAUACAUUCACUCUGCUGUUCACAUUAUCUCAGAGGAAGCUCUCAUGGAAGGCAGCCACAUAACAACUAAGGAACAGUUAAAAGAGAGUGAUACAUCCACAGUAAAUGAUGAUUUUCUGGAUGGUUUGGACAACCUUCAACUCCCCAUCCAAAACAAUGCAUUUACUUCCAUGAAGGACCAGAACCUGCCAGGACCUGGAGGUCCCUGUGUGCUUGGUCUUAGUCCUUGUGUUGUUGUUCCAAACUUUAAUGGCACCAAUCUGCUCUGGGAUGACAUGAAGCGCACACUGGCAUUUGCCUGGGAACUACAUGUCUUUGGAUCUGCCAGCCUUUUCAUCUUGAUAGCAGUCCUGGCAGUUGUGGGAAUGGCUGGUGCAUGCACUCUUCCUCACCCCCUCUGUGACGCCCUGACCCUGGCAAAUAGUCUCCUGAUCCUGAGUGGUACUCUGCGUGGUGUCCUCCUUCUGCUUGAUCCUUAUGGCACCCGACAGAUCCUGUCUCGUGCUACUCUGGCAGCACUUCAUAAUGUUCCUCUGCAGCUCCUUCUGUGGGCACAGGUUGCCCUCGCUCUGGUCACGCUCAGAGGGUUGAAAUUAUUACUUUUCCCGCUAAAGCUACAGCACCCAUGGGUGAUUGGAGGGCUGGCUUUAUCACAUUGCACUCCAUUACUUGUAGCAGACCUUUUCUCUCUAACUUUGUCCCCUACUCUCCCUCUGUUGCUACAGACCCUCACCCUCUGCUGGGGCCUCCCAUUGUGCAUGGAAAUCCUCACUAAGUCCUUUUUUAAUUUACAUCCCUUUCUCAGGUCUUAUGUACCUCAGUGGGUUCCUUCACAGAGGAUUGAGAGGCAUGCAAAGCGAGUAACAGCAGUGUGCGCCUUCUUCGGGUUUCUCUGCUGCAGCCUUCAGACGUAUAGUCUCCUCUGGCUUUAUGGGCUACUGGGGAACUGGAGGCGCUUUGGCUGGGGCUGGUGGCUCAGUCAGUUUUGGGCCAGAAUUCUUGAGUUAGCUUGGGGAUUCUCUUUGCUUGUCCUGGGAUCCUGGAUCUUCUGGACACCAUCUAGGGGUCAUUCAAGGGGCGAUCAUGGGCAGGGCAGAAGUGAGGUGGCUAAAGGGGUGGAGGAGAUAAGCUUGUGGGAUAGCAUCUUGGCCAGCAUACGGAAAGGGCCACUAAGAAAAUCAGAGAAAACCUGGGAAGACCUGAUGCCAAAUAACUGGGCAAAGUAUAACCUGUCUAGAAAAGGUUUCAGUAACAACGUAAUGCGUCCGUAUGAUGAUCAGCCAUCUACCAUUAUACCAGAGUACAAGCCUGAUCCUGUUAGCAAUAGCAGCUCUGACCCUCAGGCUGCACUACUGUGGCAAAAGGUUGGUGAACGUGAAUGUAUUCUGUCACUUAUAGAAUUUGACAUGCAGCCCCUGUCUCCUAUUAACCUCAGGCACAGCAUUGACAAUGCCCUUCAUCAUGGAAAGCUUGUAGCAGGGGGUCUGUUCACACCUCCACCUCCCUCUUGGACUCACUCUGUGGCCACAGGCACCGCUGACGGAGAUGGUGGUACAAUAACAUUCCCUCCAGCUUAUGUUGGCUAUGGGUGGAUGGAUACAGAGUCUAUUUCUGCAUCUCUGGACCAUUUCCAAGCUAAAGAGCCGAUACAGUCACCCAGUGCUACCACUGAUCAUAAUGGUAGUGUUGGGUCUCCAGCUGCUGCACAUCAGGGAGAAGAAUUUAAUGCUGCGUUCUCAGAAGUGAUUCAUCAGCAUGGCUGGUCUGAUGACGAUGUCACAGACCUCUAAGCUGUCUAAUAAUAUCCUCCGCUCAAUCAUCCAGCCUUCAUGAAAUGGCACAAUCACGUUAUGUGGACAGUAAUGGUCUCGAAAGACAAGGCCUCAUCUAAGUAAAAUCUAAUAUUGAUAAUUUAAGUAAUUAAAUAACAAAUAUUCACCACCCAGAGUAGUCAGUAUCACACAAAAAUCCUUCUACAUCAUUUUAUAAGACGUGUAUGUUUUGAAAAAGAUGAAGCCUGGUAGAAAAAUGUCUGACCAAUCUGCUAAUCUGUUCAUUGCGAUUUGACUUCCAUUGGGUCUUCUGAAAUAUUUGAAUGUUUAUGUGUUCUAGCACAACUUAAUCCGCAAGUAAAGUGCAUGGAGGUUAUUCCCAAUGGAAAGAGUUUUAUAAUGUUUGUUUCUAUAUGCCAGUGUGAUUUGUGUAUGCAGGAUUGACCACUGAUCAGUAUGUAGAUGGAUGUUGGAUGUUUUCAUUGUGUUAUUUGUAAAUAAAGGGACUUAAUAUGAA